CCUUCUUUCUGAUUUUAUCACAGUAUGUCUCAAGUAACCAUCGAUAGCAAUGAGGUUGAUAUCGUGAUUGCUGCUUUUCAUUCUGACCUUACCUCCUUCAUGGAGGAAUGGAGGCCUAUAUUUUCCCGAUUCCAUUUGAUAAUAGUCGAAGAUCCUGACCUCAAAGAAGAACUCAAAAUCCCGAAAGGCUUCGACUUUGAUGUCUACACCAAAUCAGACAUAGACAAAUUAGCCGGUUCUUCCAAUGCCGCCAUGUUUUCUGGAUAUUCAUGCCGCUAUUUCGGCUAUCUUGUUUCGAAAAGGAAGUACAUAAUAUCGAUCGAUGAUGAUUGCAGUCCAGCGAAAGACAACAAUGGCGAUUUGGUAGAUAUAGUCACCCAACACAUCACCAACCUUAGAACUCCGGCAACUCCGUUCUUUUUCAACACGCUCUACGACCCUUAUAGGAAAGGAGCGGAUUUUGUUCGCGGGUACCCUUUUGGCUUACGAAGUGGGGUCACUUGUGUUCUUUCAUGUGGACUAUGGCUCAAUUUAGCAGACUAUGAUGCACCCACACAGUCACUGAAACCCGAACUUCGGAACUCGAGGUAUGUCGAUGCCGUUUUGACCGUACCCAAGAAUACGUUGAUGCCCAUGAGUGGAAUCAACUUGGCGUUUGACCGUGAGAUGGUGGGUCCUGCCCUUUUGCCGGCUUUGAAACUGGCGAAGGAAGGGAAGUUUAGGUGGGAAACCAUCGAGGAUAUCUGGUGUGGGCUUGUGGUGAAGGCGGUGUGCGAUCACUUGGAUUUGGGCGUGAAAACCGGGCUUCCGUAUGUCUCGAGGAACGAAAGGGGAAGCGCUAUCGAUAGUUUGAAGAAAGAAUGGGAAGGGGUUAAGCUGAUGGAGGAGUUGGUUCCGUUUUUUCAGUCGUUGAAGUUGUCGCCUGAAGCCGUUACGGCUGAGAGUUGUGUGACGGAGAUAGCCGCUGCGGUCAAGAAGGGGCUCGGGCGGUCGCACACCGAGCUGGCUAACGUGGCUGAUAGUAUGGUGGCAUGGUUAAAGAUCUGGAAGGAAGUUCGAUCUCGGGUUUGAGGUGGUUUGUUUUUGUUACCGAAAGGGAACCAAAUUUGGAAAUAAAUAAUGUAGGAUUUCUUUUGUUAACUUCUGUUGUUAUGAUUUAGACUUCAU